AUGCCUCCGUUCAAUAAGAGCCAGCCGCACACUAAAGCUUUUAAACAGAGGAAGAGCUUCGGUAAAUGUCUCUAAAACAUUGUGGGAAAGUUGCUUUUUGAAAACUUAAAACUCUCUAACGGACUUUUCUCUCUCUGUGCAGCUACUCGGAAACAGGAGGUGGCAGGGAUCCGCUCCAAGUUCCCAAACAAAAUACCAGUAAGUUUUUUUUUAAUUAUUAUUAUGAUUUAGAAGAAAACAGCUCUGUUUUCGUCUUUUGAAGGUGUUUGUAUGUGUUCAUGCUUCCUCUCGGUCUUUGCAGGUCAUCAUUGAACGGUACGAUAAGGAAAAGUAUCUCCCUCCUCUGGAUAAAACCAAGUUUCUGGUUCCUCACGAACUCACCAUGACUCAGUUCGUCACCAUCAUCAGGUAAAAUUCACUUUAAUGCUUUUUAACUGUGUGAGGCUGAACAAGGUAGAUAAAUAUGUUGUAUGAGUGACUGAAGGCGCUUUGAAUCUGGAUAUUUACUGACUCUGGAUAUGGCUAUUUGCUGGAAUUGUGAUGUUUUUGGCAGGGUGUCUUAAACUAUGUGUGUUCAUGUUUUUAAGGGACUGUAAUGGAAUUUUUAUGGUUUUAAAGGUACAAAGCUGCACCUAGACCUGGUCUUACUCAUUGAUUAAUGUUGUUGACCUCCAUGGCUGCAUGACUUUUAAAGUUUUAAAAAAGUCAGAUAAUGGGUAAAAUGUCCCCCAAAUGCUCUGAAACUAAAAUUGAUAUAUUUCCAAACACGAGACAAAGAAACUUGGUAAACACUGGAACGUGUGGAAAAAGGAAUUAGGAAUAAGCUUUAAUUUUUGGAUUGAAAAAUGGCUAACAAUCAAACAGUGGAUUGAUUCAGCCAGCUGCAUAUUAAUCCUGGGGGGCAAAUGUGCCUGGUCAAAGUACAGCCACUGAAAGUGCUUGUUUUUUUUUUUUUUCAAGGCAGAUUUUUGUGCUUUUCAAUUGUUGUUCUUCUUCUCCUUCUUCAACAGUACAGAUGGUUUCAUUGCUUCAGCAGUAAAACAGGCUGUAAAGGCUGACAUGUGACAUUUUCAAAACAAAAAGAAAAACUUAACAUGAAUUACUUGAAUAAAAAUUCUGGUUUUUAUUACAGGCUCAGAAUGUUGUUCUAGUGUUUUGACAGCAUCACAGAAAUGAUCUCUCCAUCAAAGCAGGUAGAAAUGGUUAUUAUUUCGCUGUCUUACAGGAACUAGACCUGUUAGACACAGUUGUUCAAUCCUGCAUAACAUGUCUGUGUUGCAGUAAUAAUAUUGGCUGAAGAAGGUAAAGUUAGUUUAGGUAAAUUGUAAGUAUUAUUCUGUAUAUCAUAACCACACACUGUUACACUGGUCACUUCAAAACCACCAAACACCACUGACACAGAAGAGGCUUAGGAGUUGCUGGUCUACCGCUGCCUUGAUUGCUCUGUCACAGUUUCUUAUGGUGUAUUAAACUAAUUUAGGUCACUCACUGGCACUGACACAGAGAGCUAACAAAUUGAUGCAGGGGUAGACCAGCAGCUUCCAUUUUCUAAAGGUAAAAUUGUUGUUUUUGUCAGUGUGGUCUAGUGUUUGUAGAUGGGUUUAUCUUCAUCUGAGUGAAGUCUGUUUUUGUGUGGACCUUCUCUGUACUGUUUUCAAACCUUUUCAAUUCUUAAAUGUUAAGCUUCGCAGUUUAAUUGCUCAAAAGGUUCACUGUAAAAUAGUAGGGACAAUAAAAAUUGGCUCCUGCUCUCCUUUGUGCAGCUCAAUCUGACACGGAAACCUUUUGGAAGUAUUCAAACAUAUCCAACAGCUGCGCUAUGCAAUCUCUGGAUUUCAGGCGAAGUCUCAGAUUUAUUUUUCUUUUAAUCACUUAAUUCUUAGGUUCCUGUUUUGCACUUAGUUUCUUUCCUUGAUGAAUUUAGCAUUAAAUGUUAAUUUUAAGUAUUUGGUUAUCUUUCCAGAAAAUGUUUUUGAGUUUUCACAGAUAAUCUGUUGACUAAUAUUACACUUCAUAGCAACUAUUUCACAAAAGGACCUUGUGUUCAAAGGAAGCACAUUAGAAACAAAUGUUAUCCAAACCUUUUUUAGCCAUUGGCUCUGGAGCCAAAAAUUGACUUUUAGUCUGAUUUUACUGUCAAAAAGACAGCAGACACUCAAGUUUUGAUGAAAUAUGGUCUUCCCUGAAAAUGUCUUCGUCUGGAUGGCAGCAUAUGUUGCUCCUAAACCUGUAUGUAUUGUUCAACAUUAAUGAAGCCUUCACAGAUGUGGAAUGUUUCAGUUCAGUUUUGUAGUGAUGAACUGUGUUUAUACAAUGGUUUUCAAGUGAUUGAGCCAAUGCAGUGACUUCCACUACAGAGUCCUGUUUGUUUAUGAUGCAGUGCUGACUAACGACCUGAAGAUCAGGACCAUCCAGUAUUGGUUUUAGUCCUUGACCCACUUGUUUUGUGGUCCCUGUUCAGGAGUUGUUGCUGCAUAAAAUUUAAAAUGAGAUUUUUUGUUGUCAAUUAAACACUUCUUUCUUUUCAGAUAUUUGACACGUUGUCUUUGCACUGUUUUUGGCUUUACAUAAACCAUCAAAUUCUGUUUGACAUUUAACACAGAGUACUCAUUUUUAAGACUUGAAGGCUGUAAAUCCAGGCAGAAAGAUUUGGUAUGGUUGAUUUCAGGCUAACUUUGGUUCAUUUUUUAUAAGAAGUGAGGAGUCUCUGCUGGAUGUAUAAACAGGUUAAAUAUAACGGUUUCAGAAUUGAAACCAUGUGGUCUGUCCUCGUUUUAAGUCUUUCAGUUUUGUAGUAGAUUUUUGGUACUUUCCUCUCAGUCAUGAUUAUGCAGCAGAAAUUCAGGAAUGAAGAAGUUGUUUUUGUGUUUUGAUGCAGAGUUGGUCAGAUGUCUGCUCUGUGAGGUUGAAGCCAAGUUACAGGAAAUUAUGUCAUAAGUAACAAAGCACGCUCUGUCCUCAAGAUCACCGAAUAAGACUGGAACCAAACCAAUGCUACUCACUGACCCCUUACUUUCUACAUGGCUGUACGAGAGCUGUAAUGGAACCAGAGAUGCAGUAACUGUGACAUGGGCAUGGACUUAAUUUUAACUGAAAAUGUCGGCAUGUUCUCCUCCAGUCAUGUGAUCAGCUUCUUUUCUGGGACGUUCAAGCUUCAGUUUAUCACCAAAGGAGGACAGUUUUGAUCUGAUUCUGGAUAUAUGAGCAGGAUUAAAACUCUUCAAAACUACGGAAGUAAAAACGGAUUUAUUUAACACUGCAUUCAAGUGUUCCUCAGAUGGUUGGAAUUUCACACAUGGGAGGUCAUCUUUUUCAGUGGGGAGUUAGUGAUUUUAGUGAACAGUUGGCUAUACACAUAAAACCCUAACAGAGUAAGCAAGACCCUGAACAGUUCUGCUCCCUGUGCAUGGAUUGGAGGACAGAGUGCUCCCUGUUCGAGAUGGUUAGGGGGUCAGUGGUUCUUCAGACUGCUCUUAUAUCUACUCUGCCAGUGUCAACAGGCAGAGAAGAAACGGGGUUCCUCUGAUUAUGUUGUUUUUUUGCAGAUAAUUAGUUAUUGUGGCCUAAAAGAGUCUGUUAUCAGGCUCAAUUUGUUGGUCUUCUUACAGGUUUAGCAGACAUCAUGCCACCCCUGUCCUAAUGCUUCUACCCUAGAAUGCAGUUAGUUUAAAAAGAUUUCACUGAUCAUUUUUAAAGCAAGAGUAAACUGUUGACUGACAUUAAGCUUAUACCCCUGAAUUUUAAAGGGUGUAGUCGAAGCUUAAAUCUAAAGGAGUCGUGCACUUUCCACCAGAGCCCCUUGACUUUUGAACAACCCAACUUUUUUUUUUUUUUUUUUUUUUUGAUCCAACAAGGUCAACAUACCUUUUUUUUUUAAAUCAUUUCUUAAACCUGCUAUAAAGAUCCAGUGUGAUGGGGACAAAAUGAAUUUCCAUACCUAUAAACUUGGAUCAACCUCCAGCCUAGCAACCCAGAGGAUGUGGAGGUGAUAAAGCCUCUGUACUGACUCUGUAGUCCCCCUGGGGAAAACCGCCUCUACAAGGAGAUUUGAAUUUGCUCCUGUGGUAAUAUGUAUUUGCAAAAAGUCCCCUUGCCUUGAGCAAUUCUGCUUCCUCGAAUACCGGUGUGAUGCUGCUGUGGUGUUGCAAAGCUGAGAUGUCAAAGGUUGGAGCCAGACGCCAAACUGCUCUGUUGUUGGAUGCAAAAACCAACAGGAAUGCCUAUUCUGUUCAGGCAGUGAGGGACUCGAGAAAAUAGUGGCCUAGUGUACUGGUGCAGGUUCUUCUGGAGGGCUUGGAAAGUUUGUUUUUAUGUAUUUCUGUGUCUACAUUUAGUGAUGUUAAUCUGCAACUAUUGUGAGAUUCUGAUUCUUUAUCAUCUGCUGAUGCAGGAUCCUCUAGUGUUUUUCCACCUCUGCGUGGCCUGCACCCCCCCAGACCACAUUCAUGAGGGUUUUUAGCUUGAACAGCCAGCAUAUUCUGUACAUGGCUACUAAAGUAAAACCCUCUCUGACAUGUAUUGCACAGACAUAGGUGCUCCUUCAAGAGGAUGCGUCAUGUCUGCCUGUGCAUGUAUUUGCAUGAUCACAGCACACCUUCAUUAUCAAAGCAGCCCCGCACACUCAGAUCACAGCGCAGAUGAUGAGGUUAUAAACCGAGGAGCUGGAGAUCCUCCAGUAGGAUGUGCUAAAAAUGCCGUCAUAUGAGAACGUAAACAGAUUUCCUCUUAUUUUUAUUGGGUUUUUGUGGCAUUUAUCUACUUUUGCAGCUACGUGGUAUUUAUGCUAUUUCUCUAAUUUUAUUGUCCCUUAGGGAAAUUUGUCUUCACUGACAGUACAUUACAUAUCUUGAACACAGAACUUAAGUGUUUAACAUGAACUUUUAUUUCCCAUGUUACUGCAAAACCCAACUUUUCUGAGCUAAGAGCUCAGGAUCUGAAAUUUCUGACUUUCUGACUUGUUUUUCUGAUUUGAGGGAACUUUCUCCCUGUUUAUGACUUGGAGCUUUUCAGUUGGAAUAAAUGGAAAAUUAUGUCCCGACUGGGAAAAUUCAUGAGAACUGACUUCGCAUUGAAGAAAGGAGACAUUCUGGCCCAGUCCCAACCUCCACCCUGAAGCCUGAGCACCAAACCCUGACAGACUUAACCAAAGCCAAGUGUGCAGUGUGCAAGAGGCAGUUUAUGAAAGCUCCAAACAGUUAAAACAGCAGGAAAAAGAACUGAUUUUAACUGUUACCUAAAGGGGCAUUAUCUGGUUAUGCUCGGUAAUGCUCCCAUCCACAGAUAAAUUUACAGGGUCCAUCCUGGUCUGACAAGAAAAAAAUGAUAAAACUUGAGACUGUGAGCAAGUCUCAAGAGUCUGUAGAUCACAGGUUUAUUCAAAGCCUCAAAUGGGUCCUUAGGGCAGUUUGCAAGAGGAGCAAGUCUGGACUGUACUUUUUAGUUUUGUUUAGAGACCCAGCAGUGAUCCACCAUGAGAAAGAAAAUCCACCUUUUGGCAGGUGAAACUUGACCUAGUGAUAAUCUAAAAUAUGUGUAACCAGGCUCUAUCAUCCUGUUAUCAUACUGAGCAAGACAAAGAGGUACUUUGUCUGGGCAGAACCAAACUCCGUCAUGGACAGCUAUGAGCCAAGAUGGUGGGAGUUCCAGUUUUGUUUGGUUGUUCUCCCGGCUUGGUACAGGUCUGAGUGCUUGUGUAUGCUCCCCUUAAAAUAGUUGUGCGUUUUUAGACAGAUCAUCAGGCAGCAAAGGAUCCUUAACUUUACCAUCUGCUGAAGUCAAAGAGAAGGAAAGCGAGUCUGAAAGAGUUGAAACUUCAGCAACACCUGCAGCAGAAGAAAACUUUAUUCUUGACCCAGGUUUCAGGGUCCUUUUAUCAAGUGUUUAAAGAUCUCCCCUUCACACUUGAAGUUUCCUCUAAACAUCAACUACGGGCCUAAACAAUAACGGGCUUGAAGCCUCAUGACUGUAAGCCCAGUUCAUCUUUGCAGCCGUGUGAUUGGCUGACAUGUGGAUGGAUAUGAUUGGGUGAUUUUGACAUUUUGAAGAUUUAACUGUCAUUUGUUUUGCUGGAGUUUGACCCCCGUUCUUCUGUGUGUCCUUGACCUUGGAAUGAACGUUACAUAAUUCUGUCGGUUAAAGAUUGUAAAACCAAGUGCAGUAUUGGUCUGUGAGGCUGAAAAUACUUCAUGACAAGUGGACUGAAAAGUCAGUUUUCAGAGUCAAACUCAUGUUGGUGCUCAGACGGUCUAGGUAUGUAUUUAUUGGGUUUGUUGCCUCCUGUAUUUUAUUUUAUUUUUUUUGGUGAAACUGCAAAGUUUGGUGCAUAUCCACCAGCUUGCAACUGAUGUACAGAAAUGCAGAUGAAUGGUUGAAUAGUUGCCUCCACUCGUUUAUGUACCUAAUGAGAUUUUAAAAUGUAUCACUUGUCCCAACAUGCUGACCAGAGGCUGGUUUGUCAUUUAUGAAAUCAGUCCACAGGGUUAAGACUUCUUCCUAUACCAGUGAACCUCACAUCUACCUGGCAAAGCAGAAAACUCAUUUGUAUGAAUACCCACUCGAGCUUUAGGUACCAGUUUGGACAAACUGCUUUAUCAGAACUUUGGACCUUUAACUUUGAGCUCUGUUGGUCCAUUUAGCCAACUUUUAGAUUAGUGUUGUAAACUGGUUCCUUUAGGUCCUUUUCACUGAACGUGCACUGGGGCUUAGUUGUGACACAUUAAGCCGUGCACAGGAUUGGACCAGAGUUGCAAAAACGGCUGCAAAAUACAAAAUACAACCACAUAGAUGAGAACAACUUGGCUUUUAUAGGACGCAGUAAAUCAUGUCCCGUAUUGGACAUAAACAACUGUAUCAUGGGUUGCAGCAGAUCAUCCUCCAUCCUCCUAUGGUUUGAGUCUGCUCUUUUAAGGAAUAUUUCUAUAUUUAUCUAUCAUGGCAGAUUUUUAGCCACCAGUGUGUCUGGUUCUCUUUAAGGUUUCUGCCUGUCUUUACUUGCUCAUGCUGGAUUGAAGUCCAGUCUUGGGUACCAUCUAGAUUUUCUCUUAUUGUACAGUAUCCUGAGAUGAUUUGUUUAGGGAUUUGCAUUUAAUUGUAAGUUCACAGAUGAAGUGUUUCAAAGCCUAAGGCAGGGAGAGCACACCUCCCUCUGUUUCAUGUCUCUACAUUUAAAGCUAGUGCAGGGGGAGAAGUAGCACUGACCCUCCAGGGUACAGAACAGAGCAGCGUCAGUGACUGAUAGUGGAGGAGCCAGUUUGUGAAGCUUAUCUGUGAGUGUAAGCACAUGUUUAGUUUUCCUACUUUUCAAAUGCUCACUCUUUGCAGUUUAAAUGUGUGGCUGUUCUAGCGUCUGUAGGUGUCUUUUUUACUUGAUACUCAGGGUUGUGUUUGUCUUUGUUUCAGGUGACCCCCCCCACCCCCACCCCCCUCCAAUUUUUAAGCCCUCUGGAGCUCUCAUAAACUCCCUUUUGCACACUGCACACUCAGCAUCAGUGAAAUCUGUAAGGGUUUAGCCCUCAAACGCCAGGGUGGAGGUUGGGAUCAGGCCCAAACAACUUUCUCCACAAAGUUUGGACUCAGCAAAUAAUCCAACAAGGAGCUCAGUCUUUCACUGCAGUUUUAGGCGUCUUCGGCUUGAUCUAAACUGUUAAUGACUUUAUAAAAAUUAUACAGAGAGAAUGAAAGUGAGGGAAAGCUUUAAGGUUCAAUCAUUUUAACAAUUUCACAGGAGAUUAAGGAAAGACCGAGAGCAUAAAGGCUGCUGAAAGAGUUUUUAAACUCAACCAUAACGUUUUUCUGGAUCAAGUUUUCUGUGUCCAAAAAGUGAACGUCAUAAAUAGUUUUGCUCCAGAAAAAAAGGCACUGCAGAUACUAACAAGAACUAGUUUUACCAGCUAAAUGUUUUUAUAGCUUAAGUUCUAAUGCUUCACAACAAAGAGGGAAUUUAAAUUGUGCUCCAAACCUGCUUUUUGCUGGAUGAGGAUGAGAGUUGUUUUUGUGUGGAGAUUAAGGAAAACAAAAGUAUCACCAAAAAAAAGAGAUUGGGCCCCUUAAUUUGGCUGAUUAAAUGUGAAAUAUUUAGAAAAAUUCAUGUCUUGAAGCAGUUGAUUGUAUCUGAGUGUGUUUUCGUCAAAGUCCAAAUGUUUCUGGCAGAUUUGUUUGAAUUUAUAGAAAAGUGUUUUUAUUUUGUCCUCCUGAGAAUUUUCCCAUGCAAAAAAAAUGAUGGAAAAAUUUUGCAUUGAAGUCAGUGAGACAAAAGAGCAAUUAUUUUUCAAACGUCUACUGCUCCAGCUGUCCACCUGUUUGAGUUUGACUUUUUUAUUAUUAUUUUUUCUCUGUUCAGUAAAAAUAAGCUGAUUUCUAAGAGUGAUAUUUUUUCAUGUAGUUGUGGUACUUUUAGUGAAAGUACCACAAUCAAUGUCUUUUAGUUUGGGUCUAAAAUACUCCGAGGACUGUGUUUCUGUUCACUGAAACUUCUGACCGGCUACUUUUUAUCAGACUUGAUCAGAAUCAGAUUGAGGAAGUUUCCUCCGUUCCCCCCAGUAGGACUCCUCAUUAGUUGUGCAUUGUGUCUCGUGUCUCUCAGGAACCGGAUGGCUCUGCUGCCCACUCAGGCCUUCUACCUGCUCAUCAACAACAGUGGGCUGGCCAGCAUGUCCCUUACCAUGGCUCAGGUGUACAAAGACCACCAGGACGAGGACGGCUUCCUCUACAUGACCUAUGCCUCGCAGGAGGUCUUCGGGCACUCGCAGUAA